AUGCAGCCCGUAGUCACUCCUACGCCGUCUACCAAAAUCGAAGACCUAAGAAUCCCAGCCGGAAUUACAGAAUGGGAGGUUCUCAGCUAUUCUUUGUUCAUGAAGAAGCUACAAAAGCUCAAUCCUGGCGUGCAAUAUACACGUGCACUGGCCGAUGAGGCGUUGGAGAAGUCACUAAGAUCUGCAAUGCCCAAGUUCGUGUGGAAGGCUGUACAGUCCAUGCUUCACGGCGAGAACAAUUAUCACAAAGUUCGCAGCACAAAUAUUAGAAAGCUCGUUCACAAUUGGAGGAGGCUGCAGACUGAAUCGACUGCGUACUGGACUGAGUCUACCCAGAGCGGUGAUGGGACUUCCCAGUGA